UGCGCGUGUUAGGCGGUUAAAGAAGGACUAGAGUUCCAAAGAAGGAACCCAACAACCCAAAUUAUACCUGCUAUUUUUUUCUUCAUUUCUGAAUUUUUUCUUGUAAAGAUGAAAGCCAACAGAGACAAGCACACCCACAUAUACAUACGUGUGUAUUUGUAAGUAGCAGAUUGUUAAAGUUGCAAUAAUUCACAAAAAACCCCCAAAUUUUAAACCCCUCUUUUAUGUUUCUAACAUCAAGAAACCACCUGUAGUGUAGAAAAUAGUGAAAACCAUACACGGGUCUUCUAAUUCUUUUGCUUGAUUUUUACAUGGAAGAACAACAAAUAAGUAAAAAACUGAGUAUGGGUGUUUUUGAGACCGUGGAUCAAAAUGCCGGCGAUUUCGCGGGGGAAGCCGGCAUGAAUUUUGGUUAUGGUUUGUGGCAGAGCCCACCUCCUGAUCCGGAGGCAAUAAAUGCGGAGUGUUGGGCCGCGGCAGAGCAAGCUGCUUGGCAAGUGGUGAAUUAUAUGCACCCAACACUCGAUUCCGAGAAGAAGCGAAAAGGAGUCGUCGAUUACGUUCGUAGACUCUUCAAACAUGGCCUUGAUUGUAAGGUGUUCCCCUAUGGGUCAGUGCCACUCAAGACGUACUUACCUGAUGGAGAUAUUGACUUGACCAUCAUUAGAAGCCCUAACAUUAAGGGAUCUUUGGCCCAUGAAAUUCUUGCUGUUCUAAAGGGGGAAGAGCAAAAUGAAAAUGCAGAGUAUGAAGUUAAGGAUACCCUAUUGAUUGAUGCUGAGGUUAAAAUUGUGAAAUGCCUUGUAGGGGGUAUGGUGAUAGAUAUAUCCUUCAACCAGUUAGGUGGACUUCAUGCACUUUGUUUUCUUGAACAGGUCGAUUGCCUCGUUGGGAAAAAUCAUCUCUUCAAACGUAGCAUUAUUCUGGUAAAAGCUUGGUGUUACUAUGAGAGCCGUAUUCUUGGAGCACACCAUGGUUUAAUUUCUACAUAUGCAUUGGAAACUCUUGUCCUCUAUAUAUUUCAUAGGUUCCAUUCAUCCUUAAGUAGCCCUUUAGAGGUACUCUAUAGAUUUUUGAAAUAUUUUGGCCAAUUUGAUUGGGGGACUUAUUGCAUCAGUUUGCAAGGGCCUGUUUGUAUAUCAUCACUUCCUGAUAUAGUGGUUGAGAUGCCUGAAAACAGACUGAAGAAUCUUAUGCUAAGUGAAGAAUUUUUGAAAAAUUGUAAAGAAUUGUUUUCAAUUUCAUCUCAGAGCCUUGAGACAAAACCGAAAGCAUUUCAGAGAAAGCAUCUUAAUAUAAUUGACCCACUGAAGGAAAACAAUAACCUUGGGCGCAGUGUGAACAAAGGUAACUUCUAUCGAAUACGUAGUGCUUUGAAAUAUGGGGCUCAGAAGCUUGGUCAAGUUCUUUUGCAACCAAGAGAUAAAGUUGCUGAUGAGGUCAGUGGAUUCUUUGGAAAUACUCUUGCAAGGCAUUUGGCCCUAACAUUCAGUGUUAUAAAGGUUUUGGAGGCAUCUCGUAGUAUAAACGCCAAUACUGUAGAAAUUUUUUACCGUGCUUUAAGGGAAAUGGGCCUGACUGGUAUUGGAGGAGACUCUGAAGCUUUAAAUCCUCUGGUAGACCUCACUGGGGAUUAUGACAGUCAUAUUAGGUGUUUGCAGUAUGCUCAGCUAUGUCAGAGGUUGGCUUUAUCUACACCUGCAUUGUCCGAUCCUCCCUCAUUGCCCUCUUCUAUUCAAAAUGAGAUUCCAGGGGAUACUGUUAGUCAAUCAAUGCCACAUGGGCAGAAUCAAUUUUUGCGUGUGAACUUAAAUUCCUUGAUUGUGGAUCCACCUAUGCACCCUGCUCCUGAUUCAGCCUUACCUGCUUUGGCUUUUGGUUCUGAAGGAAUGAUGCAAUAUGCUCAGCGACGUGGGGGGUUUGCUUCAUCUACACCUUCAUUGUUGGCUCCUCCCCAAUCGCCUUCUUGGAUUCAAAUUAAAAAGCCACAGAAUACUGUUAGUAGAUCACUGCCACAUGGGCAGAAUCAAUUUUCGCACGUGAACUCAAAUGCCAUGUCUGUGGAACCACCUAUGCACCCUGCCGCUGAUUCAGCCUUGCUUGCUUUUGCUUCUGAAGGUACAAUUCAAUAUGCUCAGCGAUGUCAAGGGUUUGCUUCAUCUACACCUGCAUUGUCCGUUCCUCCCCCAUCGCCUUCUCGGAGUCAAAACAAGAGGCCACAGGAUAGUGCAUUGUUUGUUCCUCCCCCACCGCCUACUCAGAUUCAAAACACAAAGCCACAGGGUACUUCAUUGUCCGUUUCUCCCCCAAUGCCUUCUCGGAAUCAAAACAAAAAGCCACAGAAUACUGUUAGUCAAUCAAUACCUCAAGGGCAAAAUAACUUUUCACAGGUGAACUUAAACCCCGAGUUUGUGGAACCACCUUUGCGCCCUGCUGCUGUUUCGGCCUUUCCUUCCGCUGCUUUUGGUUCUAAAGGGAUGAUGCAAAGUGCCCAAAGAAACACUUGUUUCCCAGAUACUGAAAAAAUUGAUGUCUUGCGGAGUCAUAGGAAUGAGUCAGCUCUGACUUCUCACAGAUCAAAUUCUUCUACAAACACUAACCGUGAAGUCAGGCAUGCACGAAGCAAAAUUCGAGGAAGGAGAUCAGACGCACCCUCCCAACCUCCUUUUUCUUUCAAAGAUGAUAAUCAUGCCAGUGAUUCCUCAAGUUCUUCACAUAGAAUUGAAUUUGGAACAAUCGGAGAUCUGGCGGAAGACUUGAUAUCAGACCCUUCUCUCUCUUGGGGAUUCUCUAAGGAAGCACAGGGUUCAAAAGCAGUGCCCAAAAAGGAAAGGAUCAAAUGACGCUUUCACAAUUGCAACGCUCUCGGUGUAUGAUUCCUUCUUCUGCUGCUGUGCCUUUAAACGUCUGCUCAUUGAUACACUCUUUCGGUUCCCUUGGAUUUUCUUGCUUGCUAGUCUUGGCGAAUUGCCACGGAUCCUCACUCCUGGUGAACGCGACGUAGAUUUUCGGCCUGUGGGAGUUUGUUUAUGAUUACAUUGAGUUUCGGUUUCAGAGGAGAAUGAAGAAUCCCUGAUCUGGGAAGGAUUUUGUUCUGGAAAUGUCUGCAUGGUGUUGAAUUUAGUGGGUUUUGUGAGAAUUGGGGAAAGUUUUGGCUCUGAUAUCAUGUUGAAGAAUUCGUUCUUUUCUUCAAUUUCAAAUGCACGCAGCUUUUCAUCCAUGUCCAUGAUGAUAUCAGAACCCGAAGAAUUUAAAGUACAACUGCAGGAACUCGACAACGAUGCAAGUCCAUUUACCGAUGGAGGAGCAUCUAGGGUGUCAGAGUCAAAUUCAGAUGUGGGAGAUUUAAGGAAAUCCAUGUCAGUAGAACUGACAGUAGAGCACUCAAAAUAGUCCUGAAACUGUUCGACCUUUUGCCUGAAUGAGUUCUCUGACUCUUGAUAGUUGCAAACAGAAGGGCUAAUUUGUCUUGUAGAAGGCUUGUACACAGUCUUUCGCUUUGUUCUUUUCUUUGAUGAUUUCCUUGGUGGAUCUGAGGCUUUCGGAUUCUUGGGUGAAGAAUAGAGUUUUUCGACUCUGAUGGAUUCUGUGGUGUAGUAGUAGGAUUUUCUUGGCUGUAAAAAGUGUGGCUUUUGGUCUGUUUUGGUUGGUGAAGGCAUCUUUUUGUUGACUGUGUUAUGGUUUCUGGUUUUGCUCAUGUCUUUGAGCUUGUAAAACCAGGCAUUUGGCAUCAUAUCUGAUAAUCUGAACCUGUAAUUUCCCAUUGAAGAUUAUCUCUCUCUUAUCUCACACACUGACAGUCAGAUACUUUGGCUUUUUUGUUCUA